UCACCCCACCCCUUCUAUUCUUCUCCCUUGAAAGAGCCAGUAUCUGAAUUUUAUUCAUUUCUUGUUAUGUACUUGGGGUGUCCUUUGAAUUGUUAUUGUAGUUUAGUCCAUCUGAUAUGGCCCAUAUGAUUGUUCAGGGGAAUUUCAUGUCAUAAACUGGUAGCCAUGUCAAUUUUGUAUCAAAUAAUGUUCCUUUGCUCUGUCUUUUCUUUGAUCAGUCUUAUUGUUGCUGAUUGUGAAUCUUGCUAUAUGCAUCAAUAUAAACCUGAUAAAAAGUUUGAGCAGAAAUCGAAUCGAUUUUGGGAGUUCAAAGAAGAAUCCAACACAUGGGUGGAAGUGAAACUACCGUAUGAUCUAGUUUCUUGCAUCGAUGAUAACUGUACUAUAGUGAAUACAAUCAAGCAAAUGAACACAAAGAACGAAGAUCAGAAAGGAGAAUCUGAUGUUUCUGAUGAGAAGGAGCGAGAAGAUAAAGAGGAGAAUAAACGAGAACUAAAUGAAAGUUCUUACGCGAUUCUUCCAUUGCGAAGGAGAGUUUCUUUGACAAAAAUGUCUGAUUCAUCUGUUUGGGUUACCGGUGAAAGUGGUUCGAUUUACGAGAGAUUUUGGAAUGGACUACAGUGGGUGAUUGCACCCCAUGAUUUGCCAGUAUCAGCAGGCUAUGCAGUUUCUGUAUUCAUGGUUAAUCAUACAAUUCUUGCUCUAUCUGAGGCAGGGACUUUAUAUCAGAUGCAGCUGACAGAAGAUUCGCAGCCAAUUUGGAUUGAAUUCAUGCCGGUAUUUGAUCAGAGCCCAGUUAAAGAAACAGACCAAAGUUCAGCAGUUUUACUUGCUUCCGGAGUUACUUCGCAGGACAGAGAGACAAUGUUUCUCUGCACAAAGAAUGGAUCAUUGUUGGAACUUAAAGGGGUCGAUCCUCCGAGUUGGGAUAAUCAUGGACGACCUCCUGGUGCAAAUGUUGCAGCAAUAGUUGAUGCUGCUACAAUUAGGGCCGGAGUAUUGUUCACUGUAAGUGCUGCAGGGGAUCUUUAUGAAUAUGAUCAGACAUCAAAACCUCCAUGGAAGAAGCACAUUCGAAGAGAACAAUCGAGAGAGGAUACAUUGUUGGCUCCAUUUAGGGGAUGCAGUUUACAUGGACUAAUUGGCGCUCACUCAGUAUCUCUCUUUCUCUUAACAAAGGGAGGAGAGUUGGUCGAAAGACGGUUACACUGA